AUGCCGAGCUCGGGGUGUCUCACGGUGAUCGUGCCCAUCCUGACGAACCGGAGGAACCACCAGGGCUGGCCCCGAGUGGUGUCCCAAGACAUCAUCCAUCACGUGCACAGCCUGAAAAGCACUGUCUUCAAGGUUAUUGGCCAAGUGAAUGGCAAGACCUUGCUGCCUCUUCCAGCUGGCUCAGAGAGAUUUGAGAACAUUGAUCCUAAAAAUGAGAAUUUCUUGGAGCUGAUCAAUAAAUCCCUUGUACAUGCCACCGAGUCAGCCAUCAUCGACUGGAGCCAGCAGGUCCAGAGAGUGCUGAAGAAAGAGUCCUCAGAGCCUCUCCUGCGAGGCACCAACCCAACCCCAAGGGUGGAGCUGGAGUUCUGGAAGAGCAGGUGUGCUGACCUGGAAGGCAUUCACAGCCAGCUGACAUCCAGGAGGGUCAGGAACAUGCUGGAGGUGCUGGAGAGAGCACAGAGCAUCUUCGUGCCAGCCUUCCAAAACAUGCUGAUGGAUGUUGAGGCAGCUCUGAGCGAGGCUCAGGACAUUGACCUGCACCUGGCCCCUCUGCAGCAGCCCCUGGAGGACAUAGAAGCUGUUGAGUUCAGCAAGGUGAAGCCUCUCCUGGUCCCUCUGCUGCACGUGGUGUGCUGGAUCUGGGUCACCUCCAAGCACUACAGCGUGCCCCUGCGGGUCGUGGUGCUGCUCCAGGAAAUCUGCAACCUUCUCAUUCAGCAGGCCGUGGUGUACCUGUGUCCAGAAGACCUUCUGAGAGGAGAGAUGGAAGAGAGCCUGGGCAAGGUGCAAACAGUGUUUGACAUCCUGAACACCUUCAAAGGGGCGUUUGAGGAGAGAAGGGAAAACCUGCACGUGUAUUAUGAGCCAGGCCAGGAAGUGAGGGAGUGGGACUUCCACACCAGACUGGUGUUUGCAAGGCUGGACAGCUUCCUGCAGAGGCUGGAGAUGGUCAAGGGUCUCCUGAGCACGGCCCUGGACCUGACACAGCUGGAGAAGAUUGAGUUCGGGGGGAUGAAAGGGAAGGCCCUGAGCCAGCAGGUGCUGGACAUGUACGAGGAGUUCCAGGAGGGCUACCAGGUGUUCUCAGAGCGAACCUACGACUGCCUGGACCUGGCCAACGUGGAGUUUGUGCAGGAUGCCUUGGACUUCCAGCAGAAGGUGCAGGACAUUGACCGUCGGCUGGGCGCUGUGUUCAGCCGGGCCUUCAGCGAUGCCCCGGACAUGGAGCACAUCUUCAAGCUGCUGGCCAUGUUCCGGAACCUUCUGGAGCGCCCUGCGAUGGCUGCAGUGGCUGCUGACAAGGUCCCUGUCCUCCUCAGCAUGUUCAGCACUGCCCUGGAGCAGGCCAGGCUCACCUACACCAGGCACACCCAGACAGGGCUGCAGCUCGGCUUUCCCCCCCUGCACAAGAACGUCCCUCCCGUGGCCGGAGCGCUGGGCUGGGCGCAGGAGCUGCGGGCUCGGAUCCAGCGGCCCUUGGAGCACUUCAGGCACAUCCCAGGGCUGAGCUUGGACUCUGCCCGUGGAAGGAGGGUGCUGCAGAAAUAUGAAGAAAUGAUCCAGCUGCUCGACAGGUAUCAGGAAAAGCUGUAUUUAGACUGGUCCCAGACAGUCUCAGAAGAAUCCCAGUACAACCUCACUCAGCCUCUCAUCCGGCGAGAUCCACAGACCAAGCUGAUCUCGGUCAAUUUUGAUCCCCAGCUGGUGUCGGUGCUGAGGGAGGUGAGCUACCUGAGGGGCAGCGGGGCAGGAGCCAUCCCCCCGGCAGCAGCCGAGAUCUAUUCCUGCAAGGAAUCCUUCUGGCAGCUGGUGGCCAGCCUGGAGCUGAUGGGGAACACGUACAACAAGGUCCUGAGGACGGUGCUGGAGGUGGAAUAUCCUCUGCUGCAGGGGAGGCUGCAGGACAUCGACUCAAAGCUGCGAGAGGCAGAGGAAACACUGACCUGGAAGACAGAGGGUGUCUGGGAUCACCUCUCUGGGGUGAUGGGCGAUGUCUGUGACCUGGAGCAGAGGCUGCAGAAAGCCAAGGACAACGUUGAGGAGAUCCAGAGCAUCGUGCACUCGUGGCAGUCGCCCAUAUUUGAGAGGAGGGAUCCCAAAAAGGAGUCAGUGCUGAGCCUGGAGGAGUGCCAGGAGUGCCUGGAACGGCGCUACAGCCUCGUCAGGGAGGCUGGGCAGAGGAUCCACUCCCUGGUGAAGGAAAACCAGAGCCUCCUACUUGCAGAGCCAGCAUCUGAUGCCUGGAAGGUGUAUUUGGAUUAUGUGGAUGAGAUAGUCCUGGAUGGAUUCUUCACUGCCAUUGAGUGCUCGCUCAAGUACCUCCUGGAGAACACAGGUGACGCCUGGUCCCUGUCCCCAGUGGCUGCUCAGCCCCUCCAAGGGGACAUCUCUGGUUGUGCUCCCUCAUGCUCAGGGGUUGUUCUUGUCUUCCUGGCUUUCCUCUGGCACUGGAGCCUGCAGGAGGGGAGGGUGACUCCCUCACUGGUCACUGGAUGGCUCAGGGGAGGGAUGGAGGUGGCUGUGCCCUGUUUGCAAGGGUUAAUGGAAAAAGACAUUGAGGCUUCCUCCACCAGGCACCUCCCACCCUCCCAUGCCCAAAGCAACAGGGUGGCACCAUCCUUCCCCUGUGGAGAGUCUCAAGAGCCAGUUCUGCUUCUGAGAGGCACAAAAUAAACUCCUCAGUCCCUGAACAUUAGUCCUGGGCAGGGGUGAGCUGGGUUCAGGAGUCACCAGCCCAGCCCCUCUUGCUCUGCUGAGAGCAGCUUGUGUGCAGCUAAAGCACAUCUCCAGGAGCGCUUCCCUUCUGGAUCUGGAGGCACAAUGAGCUGGAGAAUCUCAUGCAGUUCUUCACCAUCUUGUUAAAAACUUGCAUAUGUUGUCACAUUUGCAUCUGGCUUCAGUUUCUGGUUGCUGUUUGGGUUUUUUUUUUCUCUAUGCCUUUCACCACUAAAUUAAAGAGACUCUUGGUUCCUGUUGUUUUUCUCUGCAAGCAUUUCCAUGCUGGCAUUGUUCAGCUCU